GCGAGUGGAGUGUCUGCAGAGGCUGCGCGAGCUGGGAACUGCUUUCGAUUGUUGGCGGGCGCCGCCAUCUUGGUCAGUGAGCUUGCGAGUGGCUGUACGACGAGGUGUACGUAUUUCAGUGAAACGAGUAUUUCGUGCGAUUUCCCUGAAACCCUUCGUCUACCCGUGAAAUCCACGAACAUCCAAGAUGUCGGAACGGGAGGACAACGUUUACAAAGCGAAAUUGGCGGAGCAAGCGGAGCGCUAUGAUGAAAUGGUCGAGGCGAUGAAGAAGGUCGCUUCGCUGGACCUGGAGUUGACCGUCGAGGAGAGGAAUCUCCUUUCUGUCGCAUACAAAAACGUAAUCGGGGCGAGGAGAGCCUCCUGGAGAAUAAUCUCCAGCAUCGAACAAAAGGAGGAGAACAAGGGCGCCGAAGGGAAACUGGAGAUGAUCCGUCAGUACCGAUCUCAAGUAGAAAAAGAACUCAAAGACAUCUGCGCCGAUAUCCUCGGAGUUUUGGAGAAACAUCUGAUACCGUGCGCGUCCACCGGCGAAUCUAGAGUCUUCUAUUAUAAAAUGAAGGGCGAUUAUCACCGUUACCUGGCCGAAUUCGCCAUUGGUAACGACAGGAAGGAAGCGGCAGAGAAUUCCCUCGUUGCUUACAAAGCAGCCAGCGACACUGCUAUGACAGACCUGCCACCGACUCAUCCCAUCCGCUUAGGAUUGGCGCUCAACUUCUCUGUGUUCUAUUAUGAGAUUCUCAAUAGCCCCGACAGAGCGUGCCGCCUGGCGAAGGCAGCCUUUGACGACGCGAUCGCGGAAUUAGACACCUUAUCCGAGGAGAGUUACAAGGAUUCCACCCUCAUCAUGCAGCUCCUCAGGGACAACCUUACUCUCUGGACGUCGGAUAUGCAAGGAGACGGGGAGGGCGAACAGAAGGAGCAGUUGCAAGAUGUGGAAGAUCAGGACGUAUCGUAACUCUAACUGUAGUGAGUGUUACAUUGCGCAUAUAAAACUGAGACACAAGAAAACAAAAAAACUCUUAAUAACUUGUAAGCAAAAGAAAACAAUUCAGCAGGUGGCAGUUCGGGGUGGGAAGGGGAGAUCUUUAGCGAUUGCGUGACCCUAAGCACGCACGUACGGUUACUCCAAACAAAAAAAAAGAAUCAUUCGAUAACACGCAUUGAGUUACGGAGCACGCAGAAAGUAACAAGCAAAGGACACGCACCCUGCGGUAAUAGAGAGACUGCAAAAAAAAGCAUUUAGAGAGGCACUAUUCUUUGCCUUCUUCGCGUAUCGAGAGGAAAAAUGCUGUCUUUACACUUGUGCAUGCCCAAUCGAAAAAUUACGAUGUCGAGAACGUGUGGCGAAUGGACGCCGACCGUCGGCGUAUAUGUCACCCAUUAUAAACAGAAAAAAACCAUAAAAAAGACAAAAAAAAAAAACAAAAGUAUGCGCCAGUUCGUCGGGACCGAUUCUCUCACUUUUAUCGGUUUCAGCGAGUGAGAACGAAUUAACGAUGUCCCAUAUGUUUCACCAAAUAGCGAAACAUGUUGAUGCUCGACGUCGAUCGAAGUGCAUUAUUGUGUUCGUUUGUUUACCCUCCUAAAUCAAUCUCCUCCUCGUCCUCUUCCCCGCUUUUUUACUGCGCGCAUGAUCGCUCUCGCAUACUAUAAUAAAUAACGAUGUUAAUUGUAUGCGUGUAAAUCGAGUGUAAAUCAUCUGUUUGUCCAAGGAUAAACGCGUCUCCUCAGGUCGAAGGGAAGUGGUUGCCCGCCUCGGCUAAACAGCCAGGACUGCCAACCACGCGUCUUCGUCUCUGCUUUCUGUAUAAGAUAUUACGGAUGUACUUCCGAACGAAGUCCAGUUCAAGUAAUUUCAUACAUAGUUCGAGCAUGAGUUUUCGUGUAGUGUCGUUAAAAGAAUUUAUUAAGAAAAUGCGCUUACGCGAAAGCGUCGUACUUAAUGCAAUAACAUCAGUAUGGCCCGAGAAAGAACGAAAGAAAGAGAAAAAGAGAGAGAGAGAGAGAGAGAGUAUGGCUUUCGCGAAUGAAAUUUUGCGUUAAAAUGAAUAUUCGAAACAAGCGAGAAAAUAAUACCGUCUUCGACACGUCGGACGUUCUUUACACUCGACUCUCUACACUCCUCCGUGACGAGAGUGGGUGUUUUGUUGUUUUAUUUUUUUUUUUUUUUUUUUUUUGGAUCGACGAGAAGCAUGAAAAGGAAAAAACAUUGUGGUAGACGAGCUUUUUUUUAACGAAAAAAAAAAAAAAAUAACAAAUUACGUUUCACGGAAUAUGAAAAGGAAACAAGUAGCUGUCUAGCUAGUCUGUAAUUGUGGUUGUACUUUUUCAUACGCCCCUCAUUGUGUAAAACUAUAAACGAUCGCUGUGGUAUAACGAAUUACAGAAUAAACGAUUGUAUCCCGACUUUAUUCACCCGCGCUCACUUUCGCUAUCACUCUCCUCGAUUCCACUGUAUCUUGGUUGAUAUCUGCCCGUGGCGUCCGUUCACCUUUUUAUCGAUGAACUGUUCCGUCGACUUCCGUUUCUAAACAUUCCAGCGACUUUAGACGAUUCGUUCGUUAGUCUCACGCGAAAUUCGUUUGCGCAUGUUAACGAGGUAAGCUUAGCGAUACGGCAUCGACCAUUUUAUUUAUUCGUUUGAGUAAAUAGUGGCGGUCAGAAAUUUCUGGCAUCGACUUCGUCACGAACCAUAGAUGUAGUUUCAUGAAAUUAAUGUGCCCGCAAUGGCCGAGAUUUGUAGAAUGUUUCUAAGCGCGAAAAACUACUGUUCUUGCUAAGAGUUUGGGCGUAGAAAAAAAGAGUUGUAAAAUUACAUUUCCACAUUAAAACGGUAUCGCGUUUCUGACCGUCGCUGUAUACCGGUAAAACUGCGAAUCUAGUUGGACUAGCACGGUGUUCUUGCAAUGGCGAUGAGGAUAAUCGUGAUCCGUGUAAGCGUGCAGCAAAAAAGCGAGGUGUAUUAACGUAAAAAGGCGAAGGGAACGCGCAGAAUCGAGCUCUGCCUAGAAAUCGGUGUGCAUUGUGCCCCUGUAUUUAGGUAUUAAUAACGAUAAAAAUUGAUAAUCAUGUUAUAAAGUACGUUACAAAGAAUAACUCAAAGUAAUAUCAACGGCACCGUAAGUAAGUAUAUGCGAAUAAUUAUAAGAGCGUAAAUUAGGGUAUCGUGGAAAAAACCGAUCGACAAGAAUCGUUUAAGCGAUAUUGGAGAGAACAGUUUGAAGUACAGUUUGUAUCGUCGAAGAGAGUUCGAGGCAAUUAAAAUCGCGUGGAAGAUUGAUACGAAGGUAAUGAAACUGUGUGUAGAAGGAUGAAAGAACAGUGGGGGAAAGCAUAGGGAGAAACCGGGAACCAUCGGCUAAGAGUUAAUAUGAGUUUACGGAUACGUGUAACGUGCAUUAAACGCCACGUGUACCAGCGACAAGUCUUGGAAAAUUUAGGUACAAUAAAAACUUGUCAGUGGC